AUGCCUCCUCACUCACAAGGGUGUCCUCGUAUCCCACAAACCAAUACCAUCCCUUUCAGAAUUACGCAAUUGACCCGUCACCGAUCUUUCCUCCUCUAUUCACCUGUCAUCCACGCCCUGCUUGAUGCUGGCGAGGAAGAAUGGAGUGUGUUGAGGGACAUACGUCAGAGACCGUUGUCCCCCUUAUUCCAAGUGUUCUUUCCAAACAUUUACUCCACUCCUCCGGACGAUAUCUUCUCGUUGAUUCUACAGAUCAGAGCAGACACGCGCUGGCUCGCGCUGAAGCAGACAGUCCUUGUGCGAGUCCACCACGCUCGAGCUUCCAGUCUGCAAAGAUCAGGUCACUCUUCCACAAGACCUCAAGAAGAGCCAUCUCAAUUGCCUCCGAAUUCCCAGCAGAGCCAUCCCAGAUUCAUAUCCCAACAUCCGGGGCGCGGUACGGGCCCGUCUCGCACCGCCAGGAGCCCUACCUCUGCCGAAGGCCGUUCCCCGACAGGGAACCCGGGUCGAACCGCUCCACGAGGCUAUCGUUUCUAUUGUCGGUCGAGAAAUUGUAAGAAAUCCUACCAGAAACAAGGACACUAUGAGAACCAUAUGGCUCAGAUGCACGCCGAGAUUGCUCCCCACGACCCAGCCGAGUCGCUCCACGAGAUACCGAGCUCAGGACAGCCUAGUGUGGAAGAUAUGAGUGAUCUGGAUGCAGUAGGACCGCAGUCAAGUGUAACGACGCUGACAGCUCCUCGACCGACCAUAACGAUUUCGAUGGCACCGCCGUCUAUCCCACCUUCCCCCAGGCGGCCGAUCGUCCCGCCGCCUGCCCUCAACCCGCAUACUGUCGGGUCCGACACCAUUCAGUCCGGUACCAGCCCUCAGACCAGCAAUCCCCAGGAACGACCUCCCGACACGGAUAUGUUUCCGUCUGGCGUGGACUACAUUUUCGACUCAGACUGGCGCUUUAUCUUCCCCCUCGGCGACCAGCAAUCACUGGAGCCACCGCUGAGCCCAACACAUUCAUACCCCAAUCCAGCAUUUUUCCCCGCGGACUCUCAUAUGGAAAGCUAA